UAAUAAUUGCAAUCCACGUUAGCAAAGGUAGACGAUUGUCGCCGCGUCGUCUACGAUUGUCGAUCUGAAACCCUUUCCGUUCGUAAGCUCCCCUCUCCACCGCAGUCCCCCUCCUCCUUCUCCUUCCCGAUGCCGCACAUCAACCCUCCAGUUCUCGGCGACGAGUCCACGUCGAUGGAGGCGGAGUCCCUCCUCCCUCGCGGAUCCGCCUCCGUCGACCGCGACGGCGGCAAGGGGCGGCGCAUCGCUGCUGCAUUUGACGAGGACGAGAUCUUCGAGGGAGCUUACGAUUUCGAUGAGAAGGUCGUCGUAUCCGUAGUCUCCGACUUGGGAAGCGUCGGCGUUGAUGGCCCCGCGCCUCCCUUCUCCUGGCGGAAGCUGUGGCUCUUCACCGGGCCGGGGUUUCUGAUGAGCAUCGCGUUCCUGGAUCCGGGAAACCUGGAGGGGGACCUCCAGGCUGGAGCCGUUGCGGGGUACUCGCUUCUGUGGCUGCUGCUCUUGGCAACGGCGAUGGGGCUCCUGAUCCAGAUGCUCUCGGCGCGGCUAGGCGUGGCCACGGGAAGCCACCUAGCGGAGUUAUGCCGCGAGGAGUAUCCGAAAUGGGCGAUGCUUUCUCUGUGGCUGAUGGCGGAGGUGGCGCUGAUCGGCGCUGAUAUACAGGAGGUGAUUGGGAGUGCCAUCGCGAUUAAGAUUUUAAGCCGUGGGGUGUUUCCACUCUGGACUGGAGUCGUCAUCACUGCUUUUGAUUGCUUCAUCUUUCUAUUCCUUGAGAAUUAUGGUGUUAGGAAGUUGGAAGGAUUCUUUGCUUUCCUUAUUGCAACAAUGGCAUUCUCAUUUACAUGGAUGCUUGGUGAGGCUAAGCCUAGUGGAAAGGAGCUUCUGAUUGGUCUUCUGGUUCCAAAACUUAGCUCCAAAACAAUAAACCAGGCUGUUGGUAUUGUUGGAUGUGUGAUCAUGCCACACAAUGUCUUUUUACAUUCUGCUCUUGUACAGUCAAGAGCUAUAGACCCUAACAAGAAAAGCCACGUUCAAGAAGCAUUAAGAUAUUAUACCAUAGAGUCCACAGUUGCGUUAAUUAUUUCUUUCCUUAUAAAUUUAUUUGUCACAACAGUUUUUGCCAAGGGAUUUUAUGGUACAGAGGAAGCUGAUGUUAUUGGUCUUGAAAAUGCUGGCAAUUAUCUACAAGAGAAGUAUGGAGGAGGGUUGUUUCCUAUUCUUUACAUCUGGGGAAUUGGUUUAUUAGCAGCUGGCCAGAGUAGCACAAUUACUGGGACUUAUGCUGGUCAGUUUAUAAUGGGUGGAUUUCUGAAUCUCCGUAUGAAGAAAUGGAUCAGAUCAUUCAUCACUAGAAGCUUUGCAAUCAUCCCAACUAUAGUUGUUGCUUUGUUUUUUGACACUUCUGAUUCUGCACUAGAUAUUUUGAAUCAAUGGCUUAACGUGCUUCAAUCAGUUCAAAUACCAUUUGCUCUAAUUCCGCUUCUCACCUUGGUGUCGAAAGAACAAGUGAUGGGAGCUUUCAAAAUUGGUCCUGUUUAUCAAGCAUUGACUUGGGUUGUUGCUGCUCUUCUUUUCAUAAUCAACGGUUAUCUCUUGGUCGAUUUUUUCUUGUCUGAAAUACGAAGCAUGCUAUUCGGGCUGAUCAUCUGCUCUGUCGUGGCGCUAUAUAUGGCAUUCAUAAUCUACCUCAUUUUUCAUGGCAGGCAGUAUCACAGUCGAUAAUCAUCUGUUGUAUUGUGAUGAAACUGCUCCCUGAUCAUAUACUAUUGUUUAUGGAUUUGGAAUCCUCACUGCAAAGAAGACUACAUUCAACAAUUAGACAUUGAACUUCAAUCUCAGAACAUAGCUGGGAAUGGUAGCCAGAUUCUUUAUUUGUGUUAGUGGCCUACGGUGCAUGUAAAUUAUGUAACAGAAUGAAUGAAAUUUAUGGUUAAUCUGACUUUUCCAUGGAAUAGUGACGGAAGGCAUAUAUUGGCAUGGUGCAUGCGUAUGUGGGUGUGUCUGCAUAUGCGGGAGGAUAUGUGUGGGUGUGGACAUGCAUGGGUGUGUCACGUUCUAUUUUCCUUCUCUUGGUGGCUAGUUGGUUGAUCUUCUCUACAUCCCCACUCUUAUCCUUCCAUGCAAAUUGAUCGUCCUAGCUGAUGGAUAUUCCUCGAUCCGACCAAAACAAAGGAAGAGGAGGAAGUGCAAAGAAGAGAUUGGCAAUGGAAGCGGCAAUGGCCAGAAGUCGAAGAUGGUGCGCAAGAGGAACAUGGAGAAAACAAGCCUGCUAAAGGCAAUUUUUAUUUUUCUCUCAGAACGUAACAAUAAAAUUGUUUUUCAAGGAACUUGCAGUGGGUGUUUUGUACUGUUUCUUGCUGGCUGACUGAUCGAUUUUCUACCAUCCAGCUUGCUUCUUUUCUUAUAUUUUCCCACUUCUUUUUCUUA